AUGGAAAGAGAUCAUAAUGUGAAGAAAUCAGAAGUGGAGAGACAGUUGCAUAAUGCUGUACUGGACAAUCUUAUUCUGUCAUACACUGGUGUUGGCUUUAAGGGAUCUAAAACUGGUGUAGAAUAUGAAGGUUUCAGGAUUCCUGACCCUGGGGAAGUUGAACCUCGUAAGAGUUAUUGUGAUGAUGAUGGACAUGAUUGGUAUUGCUUUGAGUGUCACCAGCCGGGGGAAUGUAAAGCAUGUUUUAGAAAUUUCGGGCCCACAUGCAUUGAAGAAUCAUCAUCAAUACCACAAUAUGCUAUGGUUGUGCACCAGUCAAACAUGCAAUCAGCAAGAAAGAAGAAGAAAACUAAGAGAAAACUACUCAACACAUUACUUAGUUACACUAUAGUCAGACUUAAAGAAAAGACGAGAGAAUUACACAGAAUAGGUCACAGAGAAGAAGAGAAGAAAUAUAUGCCUCUGUUUGUAUACAAAUCAAUGGACCUCAACAAAAUGGAGCAGAAAGUAAUGGCUCACAAGUACAAGUGUAUAGAGGAAUUUCUAGCAGACGCACAUAAUGUUCUACAUAAUAUGGUCCUUGUAUAUGGUGAUGAGGUUGGAGGUAUGACAGAGUUAGCAAAGAUUAUGAUACGAGAUUGUAAAUACGAUAUAGAUGAGAUGGCACAGUGUCAAAAUUGUUAUUAUAUGUCCAAUGCUAAACCAAGAGAUUGGUUUGCUCAGCCUUGUGAUCCGCCCCAUGAGCUUGUCUUUGCUAAGCUGAAAGGUUACAGUUACUGGCCUGCAAAGGUUAUACAUUAUGUUAAUAGUGAUAAGUAUGAUGUACGAUUCUUCGGUGGACUUCAUCAACGCGCAGUCAUUCCAAAAGACCAGAUAAAACCUAUAGAUACUGACCUUAAGAAGUUGAGUUUUAAAAAGACUACAGGUUUUACACGAGCAAUGGAAGAGUUAACAAUACACAAGGAGAUGUUACAGGAACGUAAAGAUGCAGAGGUUGUCGGGGACGAUGAUGAGGAUGAAGAAGAAGAGGUGUCACAUCAUGAUACACAUAAAGAAAAACAUAGAAAAUCCAAGGGGUCAGUGAAUGACAAUGACAUGGAUGAAGACAGACCAUACAAACCAAAGAAAGAGAAAAAGCGAAAACAUAAAGAAAGUAUGGAUGAGGUUCCAAGUGAGAAAGAAAAGAAAAGAAAGAGGAAAGAUGAUAGCUUUGAUUUUGAUGAUUAUGUUGAAACAGUCAGCUCCAGUAGUUAUUCCUCAACCAAGAAAUCAAAGAGUAAAAAGGUAUCGUCCCCAGAUGACAUAGUUACAUCUACGGCAGAAUAUCCUCCACCAAAUAAGAAAAGCCGUCAGUCUACCAGCACAGCAUCUCAAACCAGCAAAAAACAUACAUCAGCAAGCACAACAGUUUCAUCUACACAAACAGAGGACCAGCCCGUUGUCACAGUGGAACAGUCUACUUCUUCAACAGAGAAUUCUGGGAAAACUGAUACCACUCCAGCACCCCCACAAACAAAGUUGGAUGAACCACCAGUGUUGGAAUCAAAUUCAGAACCAAGAACAUGUAAUUGUGAUGUGAAAUAUAAUAAACAAUUAAGUGAAAUGAGAGAAAAGUUAGAAAAAGAACACAAAGACGAUAAAGAAAAAGUGUUGGAUGAACUUUCUGAAAGAUUACACAAAGAUUUUGAGGAGGAUAAACAGCAAGCAGUGUCUCGGGCAAUGAGUAAAUUACAGACUGAGCUGGACCGAGUACGUCGGCAAACAGAAGAUAAAUGUAAAGAACAGUAUAAAGAUGAGAUGAAGAAACUUGCUCAGAAACACAAGGAAACCAUAUCAUCUACGAAGAAAAAACAAUGGUGUUAUAACUGUGAGGAAGAGGCCAUGUACCACUGUUGUUGGAACACAUCAUACUGUAGUGUCAAAUGUCAACAAGAACACUGGCACAAAGAACACAAACGUGUUUGUCGGAGAAAAAGAUAAAAAAAUAUAACAUUAACUUCACCAAUAUAUUAUUUUUAAAUAGUUCAAAGUUCAAUCUAACAGUGCUAAAGGUCAGUGACCUUGAGAGAUCACUUGUCUAUAAAAUUAAUAUUAAAAAGUCAACGUCUCAUGUUAGAGGUCAGAUACAUCAGAAAAGCCAUUGUUUGAAAGAAAUUCAGUAAAUGACAUUGAAAGGUUGUCAUUACAAUAUGUAAAGGUAUAUGACCUUGAAAGGUCACUGUUUCAAGCAGAAAAUGGCAUUGAAAGAUCACUGUUUUAAUGGAAAUGUGCCAUUGACCUGCAAGGGUCACUGAACGAGAAGAUGUCAUUGUCUUUGAAAGGUCACUGUCUGAAUGAAUAUUUGUCAUUGAAUGACCUUCAUGUCACUGUAAAGGUCAUGGCCAUCUUAAAAGUGUGUGUGUGUGUUCAAGUACAACUAGUCAGCACAAAGUAGAUGUCAACAGUGCUAUUAUGAGACUGUCCAUUAAGAUUGUUAAAAGUGAUUUGAUUACCCCAUCUCUUACACAGAAUUUCAUUGUUGAAAUCCUAAAAUAUAUAAAAAGGACAGUUCUAGCAUGUUUUAUAUUUUAUAAUGAUUUUCUUUAAAAUUGAAGUUUUGAAGUUCUAUUUGGUUCUUUACAUGUUUAUUGGUAAAUCCAAGUGAUAUAUUUUGAGUGUUGAAGAAUUAAAAUUUGAUAAUCUUAAUUAUAAAUCAAAUAUUUUACACCUAGCCACAUAAAUUUUUGACAAAGGAUAUAAAGACAUAAUGAAGUGCUUUGAAUAGAGAAGGAAUGUAUUUAAUAUAGAUGUUAUCUAACUAUUAAUGUUGAAUAAAGUUAGUUCUUGUAUACAUUUGUGAAAACGUUUUUCAUAAUUUAAAUAAGGAUAUUGUAAAUUAUAUUUUAUAAAGAAAUGAUUUAUUUUUUGCUGUAAAAAUCAAGAAUGAAUCACUUUGCAGGCUUUUUUUUAUAUAUUUUUUUUUAAUUUUUGUUGUAACUCAUUCAACAUUGUAGACACAUUUUCUCAAAAUGAAUGGUGAAGGUAUUAGAAGACAAGUACUUUUAGAUUCUUGAAUGAACCAGUUUACAAAUCAUCCUCAUGUUUGACCUCCAUUUGUUUUAUCUUAUAUUUAAAGUACAUAACAGUGAUGAAAAAAGUGAUGAAUAAGUCAUUAAAUGAAAAUUCUAUAUUUAGAAAUAAUAGAAACAAAAGGAGAGAGAAAAUUAGUGUACUUACAAAAGUAAUGCUUGACCCAUUUAUUAUUCCCAGUUUAAAUAAUAGACUUGCCAUGAUCUGAACUUUGAACAGUAUAUUAGUGAGUUCAGGAAUUUCAGUAUAUGAAUAAAUUGAGCAUCGAGUAUUUGAAAUUUUAGAGAUGUUGGUAGAGGGAAAUCGUUUUUGCUGUUUGCACUCGAAGAGUCAAAAUAUGUAAAGUUUAAAUUAUAUUAAAUACACCUGCUGCCUGUCUGUGUUUUUGUCUUUGUUAUAUAUUCAUGGCAUCUAUCACAUUCAUGUUUUCUGACACUUUAUCUUAAAUUUCAAUAAAAUUUUGUAGAUAAGUUCAAUUCUAGAUCUAUUUAUGCAGGUUUAUUAUAUGUAUAGUUUUGUUUUUUAAUUAAGAUUCUCCGUCAGUUUGUACUUGCGUUAAGUUGUGUUUGUUUUCUUGAAAUAGCGAUGAGAAGGUGGGACUGUUACAUUAAGACUUUAUUGUUAAAUAGUUUUAUUGAUUAUUUAUUGAGAUAUUGUUGUUUUUUUUCUCUGUAAGAGAAGAUAAAACUCUCCGUGAAUAUAGGUGUACAUUCAAUUUUGCUUGUCAUUUUUUAUACAUGAUCUCUUUAUGAUUGUAAGAUUAGUUUUGAUUGAGAAUUGAUAGAUGUUGUUUUGAAUGAAGAUAUUUAAUGUAAUAAUGAUAAAAUAGGGCUGUUUUAUGUGUAACACAUGGUGGAUGUUAUCUGUAUUUAGGCGGCAUUGAUGUUGAACUGUUUGACUGCUAAAUAUUUAUAUUGGACAACACUGCUUUCAAUUUGCAACUUUCUAUUGUUAUGUUAAGAUGUUUUAUAUUUCAAAAAGAUGUAUUUUUAGCAAUCAUCUGUAUAAAAGCCUGGUCAGACAGCAAUGUUAUUGGUUUUUUUUAGAGGUUUAGUUGAUAUUUCCUUCAGAGGUAAACAUUUUUUUGGACUUGAGACAUGUGCAUGCUGAAAUUGUUCCAUACUGGUAGCAUAGGCUAGUCUACAGUACCAGUAUUCACAUUCAGGGGUUUAUAAUCAUAUUUUAUCACAUAAACCACGGUGCACCCGAGUGUGAUAAACCCAUAUAAUACAAACAAUAUUACAUUAGUGUAAUAAAACUCACAUGACAUCAUUUGCGUUAUAUACAAACAUAGCCUUAAAGCGGGCUAAUGUUGGCCUUUCACUAUAGGCGUGUCAACCAAAAAAAAAAAAACUUUAACUGUAAACCAUUCUUAAAUUAAUUAUGUGAUAAAUAGAAUAAUAUAAUCAUACAGAUUCAGUUCUUGAUUUAUUGAACUUGUUGAAUAAAACAAUAUUAUGUUUACCAGAGGCUUGCAUACAACUCGUUCAAUCAGUUAAGUAUUACAUGUACACUCAUUCAAUAUCCUCUAUGUAAGGUUUAAACUUUAUAUUUCUGUCUGUGAAGGUUUCAAACAUUUAUUUCGUACAUUCAGCCACAUUCUCUAUAUUUAAAUAUAUCAUUAUUUUAUUAAUGUGUUAAAAUUGGAAUGAAUGAUCAUGUCACAGUAAAUUUAUGCUUGUCAAUAUUUAUAUUGUAUAUUUUUUGACUAGUUCAUUAUGAUACAAUUAUUUUAGUAUAUUUAAAAGUCUAGUAUUUGUUGAACUGAUUGAGAAAGAAAAAAAAAGUCUUACAUUUGUCUCAAAUUGACAUGAAUUUGUCCAGUAUAUGGUAGAUAUAGUGAUUAUGUCUUGUUGCAAGAAUCCAUGGUGUUGUUCUGUUUGUUUUUAUGAUUUAAGAUUAUUUCUAUAUGUUGAAUUCUUUGUGCAAGUAAUAAGCCUAUACAUUGAUAAUGAGUGCUGUAAAUUUUAAGAAAUGAACCUGAUUUCUUUUUAAAUGCCCUUUAAUGUAACUAAAGGCAGUUUAUUGAAAAAAUAAUGAAGUUACCGCAGAAAUUUUUAUGGAGUGGCUAUUUUCAUCAAUUGAUGUUUGUUUCAAAAAAAUAUUUGCAUGGUAUUGGGUAUGUCUUCUAACUAUGGUAUAACUAGGUACAAAUCUUAUGCAAUUACUAUAUAAUUAUGUAGAAUAAAAAUUAGUCUUUAAGUGUGAACUUAUGAACAGGGUCUGCAAGUGUUUAGGGUAAUAAUUACAUGUAUAUGUAUUGUUUAACUAACAAAAUAAUUUCUUGUAAAAUUAAAAAAAUGAUAUUCCUUACUACAUGUUAUAUUUGAUGUCAUUAUUUGUGCUAUAUAAUUAUAUACAUACACUUUGAACUUUAUGACAUUUGAUCUCAGACAUUGAUUCUUAUGGUCAUUUGUCUCUUACCUCUUAUACAGAGAUUAUACAGGAUUAUAGUCAGUCACUUGUGGAGAAGUUGGUAAUCACUUGUUUGUUAUCAGAAAAGCAUUGUGAGAUGGACUUACCACUGAGAAUCGAAAAUCUGAUGUUUAAAAUUUGCCUUAAAAAGCAACAGAUAAAGACAAAACAUAAAUUAGUGUACACAGAUGAUGUAUCAAUUUGUGUCUUGUUUAUUUAUAUCUUAGUUUAGGAAGUAAUGAAUUUAACCUGUAUUUACAAGAUCUAUUACAGGCUAAAUCAUUUUUCUUUAGGACAAUACAAGGAGGGUCUGGAAUUCUCUUAAUUGUUUAAAGAUUUGCUUGGUCAUAUAUUUUCCUACAAUUUGAAUAACAUUUUUUUUGGCUUUUUUAUCUGUAUAAUUGUAGUGAUGUAAAAUUUAUUUCUUAAUGAUUAUCUAAACUUGUUUUUAUUGUAUUUAAAAUUUUAUAGUGCUGUAAAAAUUAUGCUUAAAAUUCUAUGGCUUUAAAACAAAGUUAUGUUAAUAUUUCUGAACACUUAAAAAAAGAAUACAUUUUAUGCAUGUAUUUAAUAUGAAAGUGUAUUUUUUGUUGUCAAAAUGUUAUGUUUAAACAGUCUUUUUAUCUAUGUCAACAGCGAGCUUUUGUUAUGUGAAUCACCAGUAGUUCAAAUAUAGAGGUGUACUAUAUUGCUGCCCCACCUGCCUUUCCCCCCCCCCCCUUCAAAUUUCUUUUUUCUGUUUGCCUUACUGAUUAUGGUAACAAUCUUGUUUAUGGUCAAAUAUAAGAGUAAUUGCCAGUUUUGGCAUUUACAUGUAUGCUGGUGUUGGUACUGGUUUAUUAGGGGGUUCUUUAAGAAUAAAUUUGUUGAUAGGUAAUCUUACAUAUUCCCUGAGGCUAAACAGACAAUUUUAUUUUGGAAGAGUAAAAUAAAUGUUUAAAACAAUUCAGCAAAUUCACAUUGAAAGUUAACAAAUUUAAGUAAGUCAUUUGUUUCAAACUAGCAAUUACAAAUUAGAAUGAUAAACAUGUGUGGUUAAGAACUUUUUGAAGGCACUGAAUAGGUAAAUUUUCUUUAUAUUUUAUAUUUACAUUGUUUACAUUUUAUUUCUCAAGAUUUGAUUGCUACAUAGAUUGUUUCCUGGUUCAUUCUUGUAUGUCAUGAAACCAUGUGAAUCAUUUCUAGGUUCAGAUGUAUAAUUUUCAUGAAACCAUGUGGAUCAAUUCUAAGUUUAGAUGAACCAUGUGGAUCAAGUCUAAGUUCAGAUGUAUAAUUUUCAUGAAACCAUGUGAAUCAAUUCUAAGUUUAGAUGUAUAAUUUUCAUGAAAACAUGUGAAUCAAUUCUAAGUUUAGAUGUAUAAUUUUCAUGAAACCGUGUAAAUCAUUUCUAAGUUCAAAUUUAAAAAUUUUUAUGAAACCAUGCGAGUCACAUUUUUAAAGUCAUAUGUAUAAUUUUCAGUGUUUUCUAAAUAGACUUAAACACAGGGAUGUUUACAUUUUGUAUGUUAAUAUCUGUUGUUUGGGGUGUGUUUUUUUUUCUUUGCUCUUCUGUUUUUAGCAAUGUCAUACAUGUUAGUGAGUUAUCUAUUUGGGGUUAGGUUUGUUUUGUUCAGUGAUUAUAAGAAAGUUUCAGUAAUCAAAUUUAAAAAAAAUCCCUUUUUUAUUAAAUAACUAAGGAGAUGUGGAAAUUAAAGUAAAUGUUUACCUUUCUGGUAUCAUUACUACAUGGGGAAAAAAAAUCAUAGACAAAGAUGUAACAAUGAUUUUAAUGAAAUAAGUCAAUCAACCUGACAGGUUGUUCAUUUACAUGUAAAUUUUGGGAACAAUUUUAUUCAAUUUUUAAACUCUUUUUUUUUUAAUUGUUCUAUCUUUCUUUGUCUUCUUUUUUUGUUGUUAAUAUUUGAAGAAAAUUGGGGAUAACAUACUUUUUGCAUCAAUCUUUGUGUAAUAAUGGUUAAAGUUGUUUAUACAACUUUAUUUCUCAUCAACAUCUAAAGAUGUUUACUUCAGUAUUCAUGCAUACCUUUUGAGACAUAAUUUUUAGUCACCGAUCAAGCACCAAGUGGUACAGGCUGUUCUGUGGAUAGCUUUUGUUUGAGAAAUUUAUUGAAUUAAUCAAUUUUUUUUCCUACUUUGAAGCUCUCGUUUUUAUAGCGUCUCAGAUAUUUGCAAAACAAAAAUUAAUUUGUUUGGGGGUGUUUGUAUAUUUUUUGAACUUAUUAAAUAUUUUACUAUUACAGAGUUCUGGGUACAAAAUGUGCAUGUAUAUACAAAUUGUAUAUUCUGUAAAAUUAUGAUUAUCAUAAGAAGAAGCUUUCAUUUGUUAUUUUAAUCAGCAAUCUAUAUAAAAUAAACGAUGUUGUACAAAUGCCCCCGUUUUUUAUCAGGAUAUGUUUUUGUAUUAUAUAUAAAAUUCCAUACUUGUGGAGAUGAUCCUGAUGAUUCCUCAUAGGCAUUGUGGUGUCAAUGUGUAUUAUAUUUACAUCAGUCAGAAAUAAAGCCUAAAAAUAUA